AUGGACCACUGCUCGCUUCGCUGCUGGUCAGAGCCAGAAUCUCUUCUAGAGCAGUUUUUCUCAAUCCUCAAGGGAGACUGGGAGAAGGAGGGGGAAGUUGAAUCUUCCAUAUUUAUCCCCUACUUGGACAAGGCUUGGCUUCUUAAUGAGGGUACAAAUCUUCUUUCACAGGCUUUUUAUUUUGGGGAUAUCAGCAUUGGGACACCACCCCAAAAUUUCCUGGUUCUCUUUGACAUGGGCUCCUCCUACCUGUGGGUACCCUCCAUCUACUGCCACAGCCAGGCUCGCUCCAAUCACAACAGGUUCAGCCCCAGCCUGUCCUCCACCUUCAGAAACAGCAGGCAAAUCUAUACGCUGUCCUAUGGGAGUGGCAGCCCGAGUGUGGUCCUGGGAUAUGACACCAUGACUGUUCAGAAUAUUGUCGUCAAUAACCAAGAGUUCGGCCCGAGUGAGAACGAGCCCAGCACUCCCUUCUACUAUCCAGACUUUGAUGGGAUCUUGGGAAUGGCCUGCCCAAACGUGGCGGUGGGGAAUGCCCCAGCAGUUAUGCAGACGAUGCUGCAGCAGGGCCAGCUCAUCCAACCCAUCUUCACCUUCUACUCCUCUCGUCUGUCUUUUGAUUUCAACUCAUUCACCUACACCUUUGAUAAAUUACUUCGAGUAUGA